GAGUGCAGGUUAAAGGCACUACAUAUGCAAAUGGAAUGCUAGUCUUACUGAGCUAUGCCAAAGGCCAACUGCAGUUAGGACAAAUAGCAAGCAUUUUUGUAAAAAAUGAAACUACUGUCCUACUUUUGCUUCGGGGGAAAACUGCCAGCUGGGUACCUGAGCUUGGACUCUAUGAAAUUGAUGAAAAUGCUUCUGACCUGUUCAGUUGCCAUGAUUUGAACAAAAUUGAUGAUUAUCAUCCACUUUAUUCUUACCAGAGAGGUACUCGGUGGCUCAUUCCUCUUAAACACACACCAACAUGGAACUUGUGAAAAACUAUGUCAAGAAAGCAAUGCCAUCGCUCAGUAGCGAUCAGAUGGAUACACUAAUGGCUAAACUGGAGGAAUUAGGAGUUCUCUCUGUAGAUGACCUGAGCCUUGUGGACCCGGAGGACAUUAAAGACACUCUGCCAUUCAUUCAGUGCAAAAGAUUCGUCAGAGCUGUCAAAGCAUUGGAAGCAGAUUCACAAGCUCCACCGCAGUUUACCAGGCCUGGCCCCUCAUCAACACCUGAGCCACAGAGGUUACAGCUGCCCUCAACACCACCUGAGACAGCCGACUCCCCAUCCCAAGACACAUAUUCUGUUCCAUGGCACAAAUUUCCCUCAAAAGUCAUGGAUGACUUGCGUGAAAAGAAGUACAUAAUGGGGAAAGACAGACGAGAGAUGGUUCGGAUCGUCGCUGAAGAUUACCUCCACAAACACCCAGGAAGACCUGGUAGACAAAAGCUGAGGGAACUCGCCAGUAUGAUUGUAGGACAAUAUCCUGCCUCCUUCAAGCUGACAGAGCCAUUUGGAAACGAACCUUUUGCAAAAGAUGGUUCUGAAACUGUCUUUCGUCAGCUGGAACACAGAAUUGAAAAUAUGAAGAGGCCACAAAGCUCACUGAGGAGGCGAGCAGGGGGUGAAAAUUCAACAAAGAAAAGGCCCAGGAAUUCAGAUCUGUAUGGAUGUGUGGCGUGGGAUCCAAUCAUUGAGGGGACUGUGUGUAGAGAAGACCUGCUGUCUAAACGAGAUGACUUGAAACGUGCCUUUCAAACCCGGGAUCUUCAGGAGUCAUCUGUUCGAAAAUUGAUGACUGAAACAUAUCCCAUUCAGCGUGAAAUCCUCAACGAUGCUGAUACCCCUAUUGGCGUUGUAAAGGACGAGUGGCCGUUCCUGUUUGAAGUUCCUCACCUGUUUGAUCAUGCAUCUAAACUUCUUGGCUUCUCUGUACAAAACAAGCUGGCACAGGAACUUUCCAAAAAAGAAAAGGGGAUCAAUGACUUCCUUGACUCCAAAGGGAUGAAGAUGGGCGAAGGUCCAAUACAGCUCAUCUGUGGCAUUGCAAAAUACUUCAAGGAAGACUCUUAUAAACUCUUCGACAAAAAAGAGAUCUCUGCAGAUCCUGAAGUCGAACUCCCAGUGACCCCAUGCAUCCUAGUCAGAGGUGACCAGCAAUUCAGGAUUGCUCUUGAUGGGUUACUUGUCAAUGACCACAUCACCUCUCCCAUUGUGGCCUUGAGCUACGUCUUCUCCAUGUUUUAUGUCUGCAACAUCCAAUACCCACCGGAGAUGGCUUUUACUCUCGAAUUCAUGCAGAGAAAGGUCAGACACUGGUUGCAGAGCUCUGCCUGUCGGUGUGAUAUGUGGAGUUGGAGGUGUAGGUUUCUGCAUCCUCCUGGAGGGGGCUCCUCAUUUUGCACUGACAGGUGAGACAGCAACAGCAAUGCUGGCAGUUGUAUUGUCUUAUUUUGUCAAUGUCUUUAACAAAUACAAUUGUUAUUAAUGCCUGUCAGCCUGUGGGUGCUAAAAAGUUGCUAGAUUUGGCAGCUCCCUGUUAAAGGACAUGGCUGUAGUUCUUUGAGAGAACAGCUGGUUUAUGUAUGUAAAAUUGCUCUGAAUGUGAAGGUGAUGUUCUGAAUGUUUUAAUGGUUGUAAUGUAAAUAUUGCAAUUCAUUCACCACAAAAAGUGCAAUCACUUUAAAGCACUGGCAGCUGUUAAAGGAAAUAAAUAAUUAUUGUGAUUCUACAUUUGUGCUUUAUUGAUGAUAAAUGGUAUAGAGAACUGUACGGAAUUUA